AUGCUUGUUGUAUCUGGCACAAGGAUUGUUUGGGUUGAUUUUGAUGUUGCGACAACAUUCAGCAGCAUGGGCCCUUGCGAGAAGGCAUAUUGCGAUUAUGAAACCGAACUCGUCGAGAGUUUUGGAAAGCUUCUGAACGACGACAAGAGACAGGGUCUUCCACCCAAUACAAAGUAUUACUAA